AUGCAUAGGGAUGUAAGGGUCCAAUUUGAGAGUCAUGAUGUGCUUUUGGAAUGAAAUGCCUGAUAAUUUUAAAGUGCUGUGGAUUAGAACUUGGGAGAUUAGUGAUGUAUAGAGUGAGAUAUUCAGUAGUUGUGUGAGGAUGGUUUUGCAAAAAAUGAUUGGAAUGAUAAUGAUAGUCUACCAGUGCAUUUUACUGGUGUUUGAUUUCCUGAAUUUUGUCUCCCGAGCCAUUUUGAUGACGCUGCAGGCUGCUUGGCGAAUAGUUUUCCCCCCUCCCGAGAAAUCAGUUGUGGGAGAAAUUGUUUUGAUAACAGGAGCUGGUCAUGGCAUUGGACGCGAGUUGUCCCUCCAGCUGGCACGUCUGGGAGCAAAAAUUGUCUGCUUGGACAUUGAUGAGGCUAACAACCAGAAAACUGUCGCGGAUAUUUGCCGUGAAGGUGGAGCCGCUUAUGGAUACAAAUGCGAUGUGACAAGCAGAGAUGAAGUGAGAACUGUGGCUAAUGAGAUUCGUGAAGAUGUUGGUGAAAUAACUAUUCUUGUGAAUAAUGCAGGGAUAAUGCCCUGUAAGCCGUUCAUCAAGCACACUCCGGAGGAGAUUGAGAGGAUCUUCAGAGUCAACGUAUUCGCACACUUUUGGGUUAGCUUCAGGAUAUAUGUAUAUAUAUGCCUGAAAGAGUGGCUACCAACUUUUAUAGCCAUGGGACGUGGCCAUGUUGUCGCCAUGUCUUCUAUUGCUGGACUUAUGGCAACCAGUAAUCUUGUGCCUUAUUGUGCUUCUAAAUAUGCUGUUAAAGGUGAGUGCGAUGCAUUUAUUGUUCAAAAAAGAAAAAAAGUUAAUUUUAUCCAAAGUCAGAUGAUGUCAGAUACAGUACUGCUUUUAUAG